UUUGCAGGUCGUUUCUCUCGCUCGCUGGCCUUCGUCGCCGCGCGCCGCGUUCCUCCGCGGAAACGAACACGAUGCGGUGACUCCGCGCCGGCGCCGGCGAAACCGGCCACGAUGCCCCCGCCGAGGCCACCCACGCCCGCGGCGGCGCACCUCGACGUCCUCCGCCUCAUCGACUCGGGGGACCUCCAGGCCGCGGCGCGCCUGGCGGCCGCCGCGCGGCCCUCCUCCCCGGUCUCCCUCGCCGCCGUGCUCCUCCGCCACCCUCCGCCGCGGCUCGGGUACUGCAUCCACGCCCGAGCCGCGCGCGGGGGGCUCCUGGCGGACCGGUACCUCGCCAACGCCCUGCUCUCCUUCUACGUCCGCCUCCCGCGCCACCUCCCGCACGCGCUCAGGGCGUUCGACGACCUGCCCCGCCGCGACGUCGUCGCGCACUCGUCGAUCCUCGCGGCGUUCCUCCGGGCGGGGAUGCCCCGGCGCGCGCUCGCCUCCCUUAGGUCCAUGCUCGCCGAAGCCGACGACGUCUCGCCCAACGCCCACGCGUUCUCCGCCGCCGUCAAGGCCUGCUCCGUGCUCCGGGACCGCAAUGCGGGCGCGUGUCUCCAUGGGAGCAUUCUCGUUCGGGGGUUCGGCGACGACGACAUCGUGCUAAGCGCGCUGGUGGACAUGUACGGCCAUGCGUCCGCCCCCAGUGACGCACAGAAGGCGUUCGAGGAAAUGCGCGCACCAGACGGGAUAUGCUACACGUCGUUGAUAUCUGCCUUUGUUCGGAAUGACUGGUUCGAGGAGGCUGUGAGGUGGUUCCGGUCUAUGCUGAUGAUGAAUGGGGUUAGGCCAGAUGGCUGCACUUUUGGUUCGAUGAUGACGGCACUGGGGAACUUGAAGAGGGAGAACCAGGGAAGGCAGGCACAUGCUCAGGUGGUGACCCGUGGUCUGUGUGGAAAUGUGAUCGUGGAAAGCAGCACACUGGACAUGUAUGCCAAGUGUGGGUCCAUGGUGGAGGCUCGCAAGGUAUUUGACAGAAUGCUAGUAAGGAAUGAAGUUUCAUGGUGUGCACUGCUUGGAGGCUAUUGCCAGAAUGGGGAGUAUGAGAAGGUUGUUGCAUUGUUCAGGGAAAUGGAUAAGAAGGAUGGCGACUGGUAUAGCUUGGGGACUGUUCUACGGGCAUGUGCUGGCCUAUCUUCGGUAAAACCAGGAAAGGAGAUCCAUUGCCGUUUUUUGAGGAUGGGAGGGUGGAGAGACGUGGUUGUUGAAUCUGCACUUGUGGACCUAUAUGCAAAAUGUGGCGCAGUGGACUAUGCAUAUACCGUUUUUGAAGCAAGCACUGUCCGUAACACAAUUACUUGGAAUGCUAUGAUAGGUGGUUUUGCACAGAAUGGCCAUGGUGAACGAGCUAUCAAUUUGUUUGAUCGGAUGGUCAGGGAAGGGCCCAGACCUGAUUACAUCAGCUUUGUUAGUGUUCUUUUUGCCUGUAGUCAUACUGGAAUGGUUGAGCAAGGAAGGAAAUACUUCAACUCUAUGAGCAACAACUAUACCAUCGCUCCUGGAAUUGAACACUACAAUUGUAUGGUUGACCUUCUUAGCAGAGUUGAGCUUCUAGAAGAGGCCGAAGAUUUGAUAAACAAGUCACCCUUUAGGGGUGAUUCUUCCUUGUGGGCCGCAAUCCUCGGUGCUUCUGCAACACAUUCUAACCCAGAUGUAGCAGAAAGGGUUGCAAAGAAAAUGAUGGAGUUGCAGCCGCAGUAUCAUUUGAGCUAUGUUCUUCUUGAAAAUGUGUACAGAACAGUAGGACGAUGGGAAGAUGCUUUAGAGAUAAGAAGGCUGAUGGAAUCAAGAAAAGUGAAAAAGGAACCUGGAAUGAGUUGGAUUGAUGCGAACAGAAGCAAAUUGUGUGUAGGCGAUGUUGAUGAGGCUGCUUCAGCUUCAGAACUUGUAGCCUCUAAGGAGAUUGAUAUUUAUCAGGACAGUGCAUAUAAUUUUCAUGGCUCUGCUUAAUGGAUUCAGAUUAAGGCACUCUGUAUAUUUUUCAUGACUUUGCUUUCUUGGUGAUUCUAACAUUUGAGACUCCGUUUUAAUGGCCAUGUGCCAUUUCUGAACUGCUUGGCCUGGAUGAAUUCUACCAUGGAUUAUUCUAAGAAGGCCCUACUGUUAUGAUCUGCUACUGAAAACUGACAACACCCUGCACGUUUCUAAGUUCAGCCCAUCAAUGAUAGAAACCAUGAAUAACCGCCUCAGCAAAGACAGUGUUACCCUGUUGACAGCAUCUGGUUAAUGCUAGUGCAUCGUCAUAGACUUUUUAUGUGUGAUAGGCUAGGACAGGAUGGCCUCAGCUACCAUGGGGAUGGAACUGUGAGACAAGCUGUCCACAACUAUUGGCUUCUUUUCAUAUGGACGGGAUUUGUGAAGCCUACGGAACUAUAUUAAGGAGUUGAUAGUUAGCUCAUGGAGUGGUUUUUCAGGGAACUCUAUUGUGAGCUUGACCUGAUCAUAAUACACUGCCGAAUAGCUGAUUUGGAGCUUGAAAUGACCGAGGAGGAAUGGAUGAUAUUUGAUAAUUUGGUAUGCUAAGAGAGUAAGAGAUAGAGCUCUCACUGUGUGGCUGUGACCAAUUGAUCUGUUGGUACUCGAAGAGGCAAUGGAGACACACUUCUGGCCUACCUAUGUCAAUGAUGCUUCAUCUUAGAUCUUGGAGUGCAGGCCUCCAGCUGUUAGAAUUCUACUCCUUGUUCUCCUGGUUACCAUAUGUGCUGGAUUAAACUAGGCAACAAGGGGAAAACUCCAUCCAUUCGGACUUGGUUGAAGCAGAGUCAAACUGGUAAGAACUCUGCCCCUAUUCUCGGUCCCUACUGAAACCCAUAAAUUUAAAGCAGGUUGAAUUUCACCUUCAAUAGAUCUUGAUCUGAGACCAUGCUUAUGUGCUGGUGGAUGAACCGACACUUCCACAGCAAUCAGCAGUCGCAUUGCAUUUGCACGCAUUCAAGUACAGCAUUUGCACGCAUUAAGUACAUGUAACUACAACUCUUUUUUUUGUUAUAAUAUAUUUUGGUUUUUUUUAUAUUUAUUUAUGAACCAAUGUAUAUGCUAUAUAUAUAUGACCGGAUUCAUUAGUAUCGACAAAAACAUGUUAUAACCUGAAACGGAGCUAAUACGUAAUAGCUAUGAACUUGUGACCAUGAAAAUUUGUUUAACAUGUGCGGGUAGACAAAGCAUGAGAGUAAGGAAAAGAAAAAG